CAAGAAGAAAAGAAAACCUUACCAAGAUUCUCAGAUGGCUUAGACAAAUUAAUAAUAAUUUGUGAAAAUACGAAGUCGACCGGUUCUUGAUUUCCCCCCUUCCCUCCCCUCCAGCUCCCCAGCCCACUGCUGAGAUUGAGCUAAAAGGACCUGUUUCCUGGAGGACGAGGAGAACAGACACGUUUCUGGUGGUGUAGAAGGGACCGAUGGCAAUGCUUCAGAGUGUAGCGGAGACGCAGGAGAGAGAUUCAACCUGUUAACAAAAAAAAAUUAAGCAGGGGGAAAAUACCAACGGGAAGGAAAGAUAUAUAUGCAUAUAUAUGUACACGUAUAUAUAUACAAUUUAGAAGUAUUCCCCAGGUGGCCACAAAGCAUGGGCUGUGUUCCAAGCACCAACCUCUCUGACAGCAGAGUGAUCUGUCACAGUAGCAAUGAGUCUGAGGAGUACAAUUUCCCUCACCAGACCAACACAACCAUGUCUCAACAGCAGCAAGGCAACCCCGUCCCAGGAUUAUUCAUUAAAUGCUACAACACAUCCACUUAUGAGGCGAGGACUAAUUCCUCUAAGAAAGACAAGAGGGAGAACAGCCAGAGCAUGGAGGCAGAGGCCCAGACCGGCAGACCCAAUGUUAAGGCACCAGUAACAGAUGUGCAGUUUGGCCCUAUGAGACUUCAUCAAGAUCAACUUCAGGUACUUUUAGUGUUUGCUGAGGAAGACGAGCAGAGUAACGGGUUCCGCUGGGCGUGUGACAAGGCUGGAUUUCGAUGUAAUAUUGCCAGGACACCUCAGUCUGCACUAGAAUGUUUUCUAGAUAAGCACCAUGACAUUAUCAUUAUUGACCAUAGACAUUCCAGAUACUUCGAUGCAGAAGCAUUAUGCAGGUCUAUCAGAACAACAAAAGCCUCAGAAAAUACAGUCAUUAUUUGUGUAGUACAAAGGCACACUGAUCGUGAAGAGUCAUCAAUAUUGCCCCUGAUCUCUGCUGGCUUCACAAGGAGAUAUGUAGAAAAUUCUAGUAGAAUGGCCUGUUACAAUGAGUUGAUUCAGCUGGAAUUUGGACAGGUGCAGGCACAAUUCAAACUAAGGGCAUGUAAUUCAUUAUUUACAGCAUUAGAGAAAAGUCAAGAAGCCAUUGAGAUCACAAGUGAAGACCAUGUAAUACAGUACGUCAAUCCUGCUUUUGAAACAAUGAUGGGCUAUCAAAUAGGUGAACUAAUAGAAAAGGAACUAACAGAAGUGCCUAUAAAUGAAAAAAAAGCUGAUUUCUUAGAUACUAUUAAUUCCUGCAUAAAGAUAGGAAAGGAAUGGCAAGGAAUGUACUAUGCGAAAAAGAAAAAUGGAGAUAGCAUACAACAAAAUGUGAAGAUACUACCUGUCAUUGGACAGGGAGGAAAGAUUAGACACUAUGUGUCAAUUAGUAGACUGUGCAAUGACAACAAUAAGGUGGAGAAGACAUGUGAAUGUAUUCAGGCUGAAUCUCAGACAGAUACUCAGACUUGCAGACACAAAGACAUGAGGAAAGGAUCCCUGGAUGUCAGAUCCACAACAUCACGUGGGAGUGAUGGCAGCUCGCAGCGGCGCCGCUCCUCCAUGGCCAGGGUCCAUUCCAUGACUAUCGAGGCUCCCAUCACCAAGGUAAUAAAUAUCAUCAAUGCUGCGCAAGAGAGCAGUCCCAUGCCAGUUGCAGAAGCUUUAGACCGGGCUUUGGAGAUUUUAAGAACCACUGAAUUGUACUCUCCACAACUGGGGACAAAAGAUGAGGAUCCACAUACAAGUGACCUUGUUGGAGGGUUAAUGACAGAUGGUUUACGAAGAUUAUCAGGGAACGAGUACAUAUUGUCAGCAAAACAAACUCAUCAGGUCGCUGGCAGUCUGAGCUCUCCAAUCUCCCUCAAUGACAUACCCCCACGGAUAACACAGGCCAUGGAAAAUGAGGAACAGUGGGAUUUUGAUAUCUUUGAACUUGAGGCUGCCACCCAUAAAAGGCCUUUGGUUUAUCUGGGUCUCAAAAUAUUUGCUCGCUUUGGAAUCUGUGAAUUCCUAAACUGUUCAGAAUCCACCCUGAGGUCAUGGUUACAAGUUAUUGAGGCUAACUACCAUUCCUCCAACUCCUACCAUAAUUCUACCCAUUCAGCAGAUGUAUUACAUGCUACUGCUUACUUCUUGUCUAAAGAAAGAGUAAAGCAAACUCUGGAUCCGAUUGAUGAGGUUGCCGCGCUCAUUGCUGCCACAGUCCACGAUGUGGAUCACCCAGGUAGAACAAAUUCUUUCCUGUGCAAUGCUGGCAGCGAGCUCGCGAUUCUCUACAACGACACGGCCGUGCUGGAGAGCCAUCAUGCUGCCCUGGCGUUCCAGCUCACCACCCGGGAUGGCAAAUGCAAUAUAUUUAAAAACAUGGAGAGGAAUGAAUAUCGAACCCUUCGCCAAGUCAUUAUUGACAUGGUCUUAGCAACAGAAAUGACAAAGCACUUUGAGCAUGUCAACAAGUUUGUCAACAGCAUUAAUAAACCUUUGGCAGCGCUAGAAGAAAAUGGGAAUAAUGGUGAUGGAGAAUCAAUCAAGACCGUUCUCAGGUCUCCUGAAAACCGUAUCCUUAUCAAACGCAUGUUGAUAAAGUGUGCUGACAUUUCCAAUCCAUGCAGACCCAGAGAACAGUGUAUAGAAUGGGCCGGACGCAUCUCUGAGGAGUACUUUGCACAGACUGAUGAAGAAAGGAGGCAAGGUUUACCUGUUGUGAUGCCAGUUUUUGACAGAAAUACUUGCAGCAUCCCCAAAUCCCAACUAUCAUUCAUUGAUUACUUCAUUAUUGAUAUGUUUGAUGCCUGGGAUGCAUUUGCAGACCUGCCAAAUCUGAUGGAGCAUCUGAAUAAUAACAUUAAAUACUGGAAAGGACUGGAUGGAAGGAACCUGCGAGUCCUUCGGCCACCACCAGAAUAGCAGUUAGACCAUGGUGUGUCAUUCACUAGCCAGAUGCAUAUUUAUUCAAGUUCACUUCUAUCUGUGUGAAUUCAGAUUUGUUUUGGCCUCUUCAGUAUUACAGUAAAGCUAGCCCAUGCACUUGGGGAACUUUCACAUUCAAGAGAACAUGAGGUCAGCAGUUGACUUCCACAAAGUACCAUGUGUGGACUCGGAUGAAAUAAGCCCACCAAGUGGAAUUACACUGGAUUUCUGCAGUACUUGUACUGAAGAGGGUUUAUUGUGAUCAUACUUCUGCGAUAUCUUCAUACCAGCAUGUGAAGCUGGAAGACCUUGGAGAGAAUCCUCAUAAAAAGGACAUUCACUAGAAGUUUAUCUAUUAAUAGAGACUCACAGCUUUUAUGAGAAAGCUACAUGCUUUUUAUAAGCACUUAAGACAGUUAUGUAGAACAAUCAGACAUUUAAAAUGAAUGAAACUGUCUAUGAAAGAAUUUUUGAUCUAUGAAAAAUAGAUGUACUGUAUUUUUUCACAUCACAGAAGGUGCAAUCAUUCACUUCUGAGCACUACUGAAAGUGAGUUCUCCUUAAGAAAUUUAGUAGCAAAUGUAAAAAAUAACACAAGAAUUUUUGAGGUUGAUCGUUAGCAUCUAUGAUUAAAAUGUUAUGUUUUAUUUAUUUUGUUAGAUGUUCAAUAUUUUCUAUGAAUUUAUAAAUACUUAAAAGCCAAAGCCAACUUUAGAUGCAUUAUAAAUUUACAUGAUUCAUACUCAUUAAUAUACAUUUAAUUGAUGUACAGACCUUUUAUUUUCAUAAUGCAAAUACAAAAUACUAUACAAUGAUACAUUUUUAUUGCACUGUAAGGAUAGAUGUGUAUGUUUAAAUAUUGUCGGAUUUAUGUUAAUUAAAAUAAGGUUUAUUAAAAAGGUCUCACUUGAGAGUAGUAGAAUAAACAAGAACUGUAUACUGUCUGAGCACCAGAACUGCAGUAGUUCUCCCACAAACCAGUGAGGACCACCUGAUCUUCUCUUGGCUGAAAAAUAAUAAUGUGUUGGAACUCUUUGUUUUCUCCCAUGACAUUUUAUGACUGAAUUCCCUGUUAAAGUCUGCCUUAUUUUAUAUAGUAUUUCUACAAAGCAUUCCACAGCAUAUAUGAAGAGGUGAUACUAAGCAUCUAAUGAAUUUCAACAUUUUAUAGCCAAUGUAUUUUCCUCUGCCAUAAAAGAAAAAGAACCUAAAGCCACCAACAAAAACCUUUAACUCAAGAAGUUUGUAAAGGCUGUGUACCUUCACAAUUUGAAUGAAACCUUCAUAGCAACUACCAGAAAAUAAUAAAAUGUAUAUUUUAAGAAGUGUCAUGUCCUACACAUUUCAUUUGGAAAGUAUAUGCACUUUGUAGUUUGUAGACUAACAAACACAGGAAAUUCUUAACUAAGAUACUUUUUGUCUGGGGAAGGGAAAAGUUGAGGGGGUUGAACUGGCAUGAGGGUGAUGAAAGGUGGUGUGUAGCUGGCAAGCCCCUGUGUUUGUGGCCUACCCUUGGCAAGCCCAUGAGACCCUUGUGUGCCCUUGGACAAGUCUCUUCACAGCUACACGCCGUGUCAUGCUGUGUUCCACUGAAGGACUCGAGCAGUGUCCUGUCAGCUUUCCCAGUCGACAGAAAGGCAUCCAGAGGCACUGAAAGAGUUGCUGACUGUCAUUACUGCAGAGGCAAUGGACUUUAGAGACAUUUUGAAUCAUUCCUGAAGAAGCAGAUGCUGGAGAGAGGUGGAUGAUAGAGCAGUUCACGGACUGCAGCAGUGGCAGCCUUAAGGCUCCUGUGUCUCCAGUAGAGGAAAACUGCAUCACACCAUCAGUAUCUCCUCCACUUGUCUGCUGCAAUGAGGAUGGGAGAGGAAGUGUGGGUACCAGCAUGUGGACCCAGAGACUUGUCUGCAGAGAUACUGGUCAGAGCUCCUGAGAUGCCAGUUUCGUCCUCCCACCUGUGUGCCGAGCUUGGUGAGACUCCCAGGAGAGCUGAAUGCCAUAGGCAGGCACCGUCCCAGCACCGUCCCCACGCUGGGUGGUGCCGGCUGUGCCAGACUCUGCUUACCGUAAGUGAGGCAGACUGCGAGGGUACAGCGAGAAUGUGAGUGCUCAGGAACAGGCAAGGCGCCCAGCCACCACUCUGGGACUGGGCUGGGAACGGCGUGCUUGACAUCAGCCAUGGCUUCUGGGGUUCAUGAGGGAGAAAGGCUCCAACUGCUCGAAUACAGACAGUUUUCAGGACAUUGUGAGAGCAGAGUGAAGUACUCCUCACCUGACAACCAAGCCCUAAAAGCGAGCAGCCUCUCCCAGUCCCUCAAAAUCCACGCUGGCAGACUCAGUGCCAACAUGCUGUCCCCUGUUAUGACAGAUCUCUAACAAGGCAAGGUCAAAAAGCACAAAGUUUUAGCUGCUCUAUCGUGCCAGGAACAAAAUAAACCCCAAAACACCAACCAACCAAAAACCACACCGAAACCCCAACAAUGACAAAAAAAGCAAACAAUCCAAAGCCUUGUUUUAAAAUAAGCUGUUUUAAAUAAAUGAGUGUUCUUUGAACCACAGCAGAGUACGUACGUAACGAUGUUUGUUAAGUAAAUAUCAGUGACAUGUUUAAGUCUGGCUCAGUAGGUAUUAGCAAAGUGAUAUUUGUGUUGGUUUUGUUGUAACAAGAAUCAAUCGUGUUUGUAGAAGGUGGUCUGAAAAAAGGGACUUUGGAUUUGGGGUUUAGUUUCUUCCAUCUGCCGACCAGUAGUUCUACUUUGGGACUUUUAAGUAAAAGUCCUUCCCAAUGCAUUGAAUUUGG